AUGGCUUGGUCACCGAGGCGAGCCGAACAUGAGCUGGGUAUGCCUGCUGACCUAGCGAGUCAAGCUGCCUCAGCCCGACUCGGUGUACACCGACAGACAAUAUGGUUGGUGAGGCACAAGAAGCGCAUCCAUGGAUUGGUAUUCUCUCAUUUUCAUCUCUCAUCUUACCAUCUCUUCAUUUCCACCGGGGAGGACAGGAUAGCGGCAGGUCAAUCCAUUCGCACAAACCAGACGAUAACAUCUUCCAACGAUAACUUCGCAUUGGGCUUCUUCAGUCCCGGUAAUUCCACCAAGCGCUAUGUUGGGAUUUGGUACAACAAGAUUCCUGAUCAGACGGUUAUAUGGGUAGCCAACAAAGAAAACCCACUUACCAAUUCCACCGCUGGAGUUCUUACAAUCACCCACGAUGGAAAUCUCGUCGUCUUGGAAGGAGAUUGUAACAUUCUCUGGUCAUCCAAUGUUUCCAUCAGCGUUGGAAAUAAUACUAUAGCAGUACUCACAGAUACUGGAAAUCUUGUUUUGAGACAAACUGAUCAAACAAUCAUCUGGCAGAGCUUCGACAACCCAUCCAGCUCGCUUCUCCCUGGCAUGAGAUUAUCGUUGAAUACACAAACUGGAAAAAACAUACUUCUCACGUCGUGGAAAGAUGUAAAUGACCCAGCCACUGGCUCGUAUGCUCUAGGUAUCGAUCCUCACACACCUCGGCAGCUAAUCAUAUUCAGUAGAAUGGGCGUGUACAUGAGGGACGGGGUAUGGCAAAAGGUAGCGAUUGCUAGUCAGCCUGAGGUGAACCGCAUCUAUGUGGGUUAUGUCAGCGUUGUGGAAACUGAUGAUGAAAUUUCAAUCUGGGUCACUCUCUCCGAUAAUUCUUUCAUGGUAAGGUACCUUUUAACUCCAACGGGGCUGUUUCAGCUGCAGUCGUGGAAGGAGGAUUCCAAAGCAUGGGCUAUUUUGCAAUCUUCACCGACAAAUGAAUGCGAUUUAUAUAGCCCAUGUGGUCCAUUUGCUAGCUGUGACAAUAGUAGCUCACCGUUGAUUUGUAAGUGUUUGAAAGGAUUCGAGCCUAGAAUACGGAAUGACUGGGAUUCAGGGAAUUGGUCUGGAGGUUGUGUGAGGCAAAAGGCAUUAGUAUGUCAGAGUAAUGAUGGGUUUUUUAAGCUCGCCCGGAUGAAAUUGCCUGAUUUUUCAAUAUCAGCGGGAAAUGUUAGUGUAAGAGAUUGUGAAUUGGGAUGCCUUAGAAAUUGA